AUGGCUUCCCCCGCUGUCUUCCUUACCGGCAUCUUCCUGGCGGCGUGUCUCUCAUCCGUCUCGCCGGCGGUGACCCACACCCAUCCGCCCUCCACCACCCCGCGCCACAACGCCACGUCGCCGAGCCCCGCCCACGGCCACAACGCCAGCAACGGCACGACGCCGCCCUCGGCCAGCAACCACACCGGCGCGCCCCUCCCCGCCAACACCUCCGCGCCGGCCUCCAGCAGCACCGGUUCGCUUCACCACAACAGCACCGGCACCCCCGGGGUAACCCCGCCCACCUUCACGCCCUGGACCUCCAACACCACCCGGCCGCACCCCCACCCCCACGUCACCUCCAACGUGACCUCCAACGCCACCUCCACCCUCAAGCCCGGCCAGGCGCUCGACAAAUGGUGGCCCUUUUAA